AACUCGUCCGCUGCUUUGGCACAUCCCACAGCAUAUUACUCCGAACCAGCACCAGACCCGCGGAAAGCAAACCAACGGGGCACGACACAAGUGGUGCCGCGUCGCUAUAAAACGCGGCCUCGGUCUGGUGCCAAGCAAUGAAGCAAGAAACUCGAGGAAGACGCGGAGCUAGACGAAAGCUGUGGGGUUUUCAAGAAGGGUUUCGAAGAUGAGCGUGGAGAUCCUGGACGGGAGGACGGUGCAGAGCUUCGUGGAGGACGAGCGCGCGUUCAACUCGUCGGUGGACGCCCGGUUCGCGGCGCUGGACGCGGACCGCGACGGCCGGCUCUCGUACGCCGAGAUGGCCGGGGAGCUCAUGAGCCUGCGCGUGCGCGAGGCGCACUUCGGCGCGGACGCGACCGCCGAGGCGGGGGAGCUCGCGGAGCUGUACGGGGCGCUGUUCGCGCGGUUCGACCGCGACGGCGACGGCGCGGUGGACCGGGACGACUUCCGCGCCGAGAUGAGGGAGGUCAUGCUCGCCGUGGCCAGCGGGCUCGGCGUGCUCCCCGUGCAGAUGGUCGUCGAGGAAGGAAGCCUCCUCAGGAGGGCCGUCGAGAGGGAGCUGGCCGGAGCAGCUUGACCAGCUCAUCGACAUGCCAUGCCGUUCCAGUGUGUUGAUGCUGACCUUGCCGUAGCGUUGAACGAGUUCAGAGUUCUUGAGAGUUUCCGCUGCAGUACUUCGGAGUAAACCAAUAUAGUCGCAGUUGCGAGCAUUUGGAGUGUGCACUUAUGCUGACAGACAUUUUAGGCUUUCAGCUAUGUAACCGUGACAGUAUGUAUGCCGAGGGUGCUAAUGAAUUUCUUUGUUUGGAUUGGUUGAA